GUCUACUACAGCUCGGAUCUGACGGCUCCACUCAGCACCUGGCAGAUACAGAUUACAGAUGACACCAGUAUGACUCUAAUCUCAGUCCUGACUCCUGACAUCACCUAUGGCCUCAGGGUGCAGGGCUUCACCUCUGUAGGUGACGGGCCACUUUCCGAUAUGGUGCAAGUUAAAACCCAGCAGGGAGUUCCAGGUCAGCCAUCCAAAUUCCAGGUUGGCGCUGUGUCUGACACCAGCAUUGAACUGACCUGGGAACCUGCCUUUGAGACAAAAGGAGUUAUAAAUUAUGAACUUCGCUACAUAGACCGCAGUUUGGGCACCCAGAUGAAGAAAACAUUUGCACCCACACAUGCCUAUGUUGUGGAAGAUCUCCGUCCAAACACAGAGUACUACUUCUCCUUGGCAGCCAUCUCUAACCAAGGCAUUGGAGCCUUCACCAACGACAUAUUACAGAAGACCUUACAGGCCACUCCUGUGUCCUCUGUUGUGCUGGUCUCUGAGUGUCUGUCCC